CCACUUGAAGGGUCCUUCUAGCUGGAGGUGACAUUCGCAGUUGCAGCAGACAAGCCGGUAAGAGAAGUCGUGAAAAUUACUCAAAAUAAAGCAUCAUGGCACAGGCAGUCCAGAAACUGGUGGCCAAAGUACCUACUUUGAUCGGAGCCGCUGCUACCUACUCCAAGCCCCGUCUAGCGACCUUCUGGCACUAUGCUAAAGUCGAGCUCGUGCCCCCUUCCCCUGCCGAGAUUCCCCAGGCCAUUAUUGGGAUCAAAAACAUUGUCACCGGUGUCAACAGUGGACGCCUUGGACAGACCACAGUGAAGGAUGCAUUCAGAAAUGGAUUGGUGUGCACUGAAGUGAUGAUGUGGUUCUACAUUGGAGAGUGUAUCGGGAAAGGAGGCAUUGUUGGAUACGCUGUAUAAAUCGGACUGUCUUGUUGCUCUGCUCUUAACUUCCACCUCAACUGGAAAUCCAAUUAAUAAAUGUAUAUUGUUUAAAGAACUUUAGCACUAACUUGGAACAUUUACAACUAUCAUGACACUACAGGACUGCUAUCAAAUAUAUUGAAGUUGCCAACUUUCUUCUGAAACAUUUUAGUAGGAAAUAUACUGAACAAAAAUAGAAACUCAAAUAAAGACUUUACUGAGUUUGAGGAAAUCAGUUAAUUUAUGUGUUAGGCCCUAAUCUAUGGAUUUCACAUGACUGGGAAUACAGGUAUGCAUCUGUUCAGAUACCUUAAAAUGGGCCUCACGAUCUUGUCAUGUUAUUUGUGUAUUCAAGUUGCCAAUGGAUAAAAUGCAACUGUCCGUAACUUAUGCCUGCCAUAACCCCACCAUGGGCCACUUUUAAAUAAGUUGACAGCUCAACCGUCUGCGGUUGGAUGGACUGCCAUAUUCUAAAACGAGUGUCCUCUAACUUAUGGCAGGGAAAUGAACAUUAAAUUCUCUGCCAACAGCUCGUGGACAUUUCUGCAGUCAGUAUGCCAAUUGCAUGCUCUCUUAACAUCUGUGGCAUUGAGACAACUGCACAUUGGAGUGGCCUUAUUGUCCCCAGCACAAUGAUGGCCUAGCAACCUGUUUUUAUUUAACCUUAACUAGGCAAGUCUUAAGAAUUUGUUCUUAAUGAUGGCCUAGGAACAGUGGGUUAACUGCCUUGUUCAGGGGCAGAACAGAUUUUUACCUUGUCAUCUUGGGGAUUUGAUCUAGUCGGUUACUAGGCUACCUGCCGGCCCACAGAUGUAAUGAUUGUGCUGUUUAGUCAGCUUCUUUAUAUGCCACACCUGGAUGGUGGAUGGAUUUUCUUUGCAAAGGAGAAAUGCUCAAUAACAGGGAUAUAAACAUGAGAGCAAUAAGCUUUGUGCAUAUGGAACAUUUCUGGGAUAUUUUAUUUCAGCUCAUGAAACAUGACCAACACAUUACAUGUUGCAUUUAUUUUUCAGAAUUUAUAAAAGUAGACAAUUUUAAGCAUUUGUCUGCACACAAAAUAUCCAAGUGCAGUUGGUUGAAAGAUUUCAUUUCUAGUUACUUUUGCCACCAACUUUGGAAAUAGGGUGGAAUUGUUUUGGAAAAGCACAAGUGCAGCUGAUUCAUUAAAGUUAGAAAUACC